AUGGGAACGGACGACGUUAGCAAAGGGGAGAAAAUUCUGAACGGGUUUCAAAUCAACUGGAUGAUACUGCGGGACGCGGAUACGGGUAAGAUUAUCUGGCAGGAGAACAAGGAUUUCUCCUGUCCCGACGUCGAACACGAAGCGAAGGUACCGGUAAAGAUACUCAGUUUGCGUGCCGUGUCACGGGAAAUCAACUUUAGCACCGUCGAAGCAAUGGAAAACUUUCGGCUCGAUCAAAAGGUACUCUUCAAGGGGCGCAUUAUGGAGGAAUGGUUUUUCGAGAUGGGAUGGGUCAGCCCGAACACAACCAACACCUGGCAAUCGACUAUCGAGGCAGCACCCGAGUCCCAAAUGAUGCCGGCCAAAGUACUGAACGGAAACGUUACCAUCGAAACAAGCUUUUACGAUGGUGAAACACUAAUCAGCAAAUCGGUUGUCCGGUUAUAUUACAUUUAG